CAAGUCGAUUACCCGAAUAGAUUUCGAGAGAUCGAUCAGUCGAAAACUCUGAGAAUUCACGAAUCAGUGAAAACGACGUUAUUAAUCAGCCAUCACGGAAGAUAUUUAAUUAUUAGAGGAAAUUAGUGGAAAAUAGUAAUCAAUUUUACUGUAGCUCAGAGUAUCAUGCAUUUGGAGUAUUAUUAUAAAUAUUUCUAUUUUUAAUUAUUAUUAGUGUAAAAUAACCUUUACAGUAAUGAUUUCUUAAAUAAGGAUAUCGAUUACGUGUUACAUAAUUUUUGCAUAACAGAUGCAUAACAUAUAGCUGAGUGUGCUGAAAUUAAGUAUGAUUUGAAAACAUUAAUGAAACGUUAAAAAAUAUUGUUAAGUUAUCCAGAAUAAAUAAAAUGGCUAACUUUAUAAAACCGAUGCAUUUAUCUGCGCAUAUUAUUGGCUAUUUAAAUAGAUAUCGACUACCUUUGCCUCUAAUUAUGUCAUCACAGUAAUUUAAAAGUAGAGAACAGUGGCUCUCACAAUAAAAUGUAUUUAAAAUAAAAAGAAAUUUAAUUUGCACACUUUUCUUACUAAUAAAAGAAUGUUGUAUAAUCUAUAAAUGAUUUAAAUUAAUAAGCUUUUUAUGGAGUUAUUUAUCAAGUAUUUAUGCCCAAUUUUUUCCCAAACUUAAUUUAUUCCUUAAUUAGUAUUCGGUAUAAUGCUUUAUAUUCAUCAAAAAUCUAAUUAACGAAGAAAAAUAAUCUUCCUGUAUUUGCCAGUUUAAAAUAAAAAUUUUCAUAGAAGAAUUCUAAUAAAAUCCUACGUAUAUUCUCCAAAAUAUGUGCUGAAAAUUUUCAAUAUUUUUUAGGAGAUUGGAAUUUUUAAUAAAUGCUUAAUAUAAAGGCCAAUUCAUUAUUGAUUAAAUACCUCAUUAAGGAAUGAAAAUAACCUUCUAAAUUUUUCAAUUUAAAUUAAAAAGAAACAUUCCAAUUAAAUUCUAAUAUCUUUUAAAGUGUACUGACAUUUUUUAACAUUUCUGAGCAAAUUGGAAUUUUCUAAUCUAAAUAAAAAAUUUCCAUAGAUUCCAAUAAAAUUCCAAUAUUUUUUUAAUUAAUAUGGAAUGAUACAGAAAUCUAUUUAAAAUGUUACUUUCAUUUAAACCCGCACGCGCAUUGUUUCAAUAUGGUGUUGCGUACUUCUACACGUGUCCUUGUGUACUCACGCUACUUUUUCAUGCAAAACAUCGAGCGUAUUAAAGUCCUCCAACAGUCAGUAACAGACAGAAUCGCGACGCGGAUGAAGAGCGAUCCGUCGAGCGAGAUAUUUCUGUCAGUUAUAUCGGUGAAAGACGUUGUGACGGUCCCGAACAAUAGUAUGGAAGAAGCAGGUACAUUACAAUGGGAAGAUUACCUGGUCAUAGCAGCCACACUAUGCAUAAGUCUGGGCAUAGGUAUCUAUUACCGGUUCAGUGGUGGAAGACAGAAAACUAUGGAGGAAUACUUCAUUGCCAGCAGAUCAAUGGGCAUCACACCUGUGGCUGUUGCACUAGUGGUUUCCUUCAUGUCUGCAAUUACUUUGUUAGGAGUUUCUGCAGAAAAUUACACAUAUGGAACACAGUUUGUAGUAAUUAAUUUAUCAUACCUCAUAGGAACUCCUCUUGUUUGUUAUGGAUUUUUACCAGUAUUUUUCAAACUCCAAGCAACAAGCGCUUAUGAGUAUUUAGAAAAACGUUUUGGAAUCAGAGCUAGAAUGAUGGCUAGUUUUGUGUACUGGCUGCAAUUGCUUUUGUAUUCUGGUGUUGUACUUUAUGCUCCUGCUCUAGCAUUAGAGGCAACAACAGGAAUUUCUAAAAAUGGCAGUAUUAUUAUCCUUGGCUUAGUAUGUGCCUUCUAUUCAAGCAUAGGAGGUAUCAAAGCUGUCUUAAUCACAGACGUGUUUCAAGGAUUACUGAUGUUUGUUUCUGUCUUUAUUAUUAUCGUCAUAGCUGCUAACGAGGCUGGAGGUAUAGGCAGAAUUUGGCAAAUAGCGGAGGAAGGACAUAGGAUUGAAUUUGACAGUAUUUCAAUAGACCCCACAGUUCGACAUACUUGGUGGUCGCUCACUAUUGGUGGUUUAUGCACGUUUCUAUCGCUGUAUGGUGUAAAUCAAGUUCAAGUACAGCGUUUGUUAACAGUGAGAGAUGUAAAAGCAGCACAGAAAGCACUUUGGCUGGCAUGGCCAAUUUUGUCAAUACUUUCAGUGACUACGUGUUUCUCAGGAUUAGCAAUAUAUAGUAAAUAUUAUAAAUGUGAUCCUUUGCUUCAAAAGAGGAUAUCAUCUACAGAUAUGUUGAUGCCUUUGUAUGUCAUGGACACAAUGUCUGACAAACCUGGUUUACCUGGCCUUUUCAUAGCAGGUAUUUUUAGUGCUGGUCUCAGCACUAUUUCAGCAGCAUUAAAUUCUUUGGCAGCAGUAACACUAGAAGAUUAUUUAAAGCCAGCAUAUAAAAAAUGUUGUGGUAAGGAAUUUUCCACGAGUAUGUCGACAACUGUGGCUAAGUUACUUGCCCUCAUCUAUGGAAUUAUUUCCAUUGCCUUGGCGUUUCUGGCACAAUUAUUGGGAGGUGUUUUACAGGCUGGCCUAACAAUAUUUGGGGUAGUGGGUGGUCCGUUAUUAGGCCUUUUCACUCUUGGGAUGAUCACAGAAACAGCUUCUGAAACAGGGUCUGUAAUAGGCGCUACUGUGUCUCUAGCAUUUUUGUUUUGGGUUGCUUUUGGACAACCCAGGCCUAUUCCAACAACAUUGCCAGUUACCAAUAGUGGUUGUUCAAAUGCAACCAUUUCCAUCCCUAUGGAAGAAGUACCAUUGAAAUCAGAUGAUUACUUCUAUAUGUAUCGGGUUUCUUAUAUGUGGUAUGCUCCAAUUGGAUUUUUGAUGACGUUCAUAAUUGGAUUAGGCCUCAGUUAUUGUUUGAACCGGAUAUAUAAAGAACCGAAAGUUGAGCUGGAUACCAACUUGUUCUUCCCUCUAAUAGGAGAACGUAUACGUUGCAGGAAUAAGGAGAUUUCUGGUAGUAGCGAGAACGUGGUAUCAAAGAAUGUUCCUGCGCACAAGAAGUACAUUUUUAAUGUAAAUUCGGCUAAUGAUGUGGUGGAAACUUCUGAUGGUACCAAUAUCACCAAACUUUAAUGCAUACUUGGUUAAUCGCUUGCUUUUUUCAAGUGGCAUUUUCGAUUCUAGGCAUUCCAUACUUUGUUUUGUAAGCCUAGGUAUUGUAUGGGACUUGAGACUACUUAAGUUGGUCCCUUAAAAGAAAAAAGAUGGCAUGUCCAAAGAAUGAAUAGGGAAAUUAAAUUAUUAUCCAUAUUUAUAAUACUAAAUUUAAUUUUAUCGUAGUUUCGCUGUGGCGCUUUGGGAGAAAUAAAAAGCAUGAUUAUAUGUUUAUUGAUAAAUUAUUGGAGGUAAUUUUAGAAUGAGCCAGCUGGGCUAGAAAAUUGACCACAUUUGGAUAUGUCAGUUCAAAACACCAAUAUUAUAUUAUAAAAAGGUAUUUGUCGGUGCUUUUAGCCCGUAAUAAUUACUUAUUUGUUAUUUAAACAAUAGUAUUUCACUAUCAGGUGAAUGUCUUCCAUCUUGUUCCUAAACUGCCAUUUUGUAAUUUGUCUAUAAGAUGUUUUACAGAAAUGCAUAAGUUACUUACUUUGUUUCACAUAUCAGUAACAAAGACAUAAUUGCAUGUGAAUUUUUAUGGUAUCAAAAGAAAUGUCUUUUAUUCCAAAGAAUUUGCGCAAAUCUGCUCAAUACCGAUACUUAAUGUAUUCACUCUUAAGUGUCACAAAUAUUGUACAAAUUACUUUAUGGAAUUAUAUUUUUCGUAGAUGCACAAAAAAACAGGUCUAAUCUUUUUUACAAUUGGAUAAUAAUUAAUUAAACAAUAAUUCUUUUCACUUUAGAAUUGAGAAACAUGCGCUACAAAAUAGUACGUGUAUUAUUAUGUAAGUAAUAAUACUCUCUUACCAAAAGAGGCUAUAUUUUACCUCUGAAUAUAAAAAGAUAUAUUUUAUAUACAAUAGUUCAAUACAGAGUGUUCUAUGGAUAACUCAUGGUGUUUUCCAAAACGUAUAUCCGUAGAGUGUAAAUUUUAAAUUUAUAAUAGGUUUGUUAUUUAGUGUGAUGAUAUAUGUAACACUUCUGUCAUUUUUUCCGGCUAGUCUGUCAGUUAGUAGAAUGUAACAAUAUAUUUAUCCAAGCUUCACUGUACUAUGCAACAGGGGUCAAUAAAACAAUGUAUGUGUGAAAGGAAA